AUGGUGGUGCUGCGGUAUGGGGGAGUGGGGGUGGAGGUUGCUGCCGAGGGUGGCCUUUGGAGUGUGCACCCGGCCAGUGUGGACAGCCUGACAGUGAAUUCGGCGGGGAUAGUUGUGCAGCAUCACUUCCUGGAGUCGCGGAAGUUCAGGUGGGGUUUGAGGAAGAAGAGCCUGGCGUCAGAGGCGAGGGGCGUUCAGGGCUCAGGGAGGGACAUCUUUUCAGUGGGCGUGUCAUUUCACCCGCCGUUCAGCAUGUUCGUCAAUCUGAAGGGGCAGGGGGAUGUGCAGAGCGGGGCGGAUGCGAGCGAGGCGCUGUCCCUGUGGGGGGGAUGGGAGGCAAGGCUGGCGCCCACGCGGGGCCCGAGGGUGGUGGACGUGGUUUUCGGUCCGCUGGGAUCGGCGAUCAAGGACCUGGUGCUCGUGGAUGUUGGGGCGGGCUGGGGCUUUUCUCUCUGGCGGCCGCAGCAGCGUAGGGGCACUGGGGGGAUCGCCUUUGAGGCCUUGGCCAGCUUGCUGCUGGCCCUGAAGCAGAGCCUGAAAGCCAACGGGCUCCAAGACCUUGUGGACGUGCAGCCCAUGCUGCGGGCCCACAGGAAUGAGACGAUCUGUGUGGACCACCCUCUCUGUGCCCUGCCCAAGUCUGCUAAAUUUGAUAAGGACUCGGAUCAGGCGGCAGAUGGUGCAGACUUCAGGAGAGGCCAUGGAAAUCGCAGCAUCCACGGCAUGAUGGAGGGGUGCUGGCGGGUGGUGCUGUGCGGCACCCUGGACUUGUUGCUGGGUGAGGAAAUGCGGAUGGGGGCCCUGAAGGUGAGCACAGGCAGUUGGGGUGGAUGGAUGUCGGAGGUGGGGUUGGAGCUCAUCAGGCGCCAAAUGCCAAAUGCAAUCCACCAGGAGAGCAAUGUGUGCGAUGCGUGUAGUUGGAUACACUGA